GCAGUACUCCUGCAGUAGGAAGUCACUCAAAUGGUGGAAGUACCUUUUCUACUUCCUGCUGGAUACCGCCAUUGUCAACUCCUUUUUGCUUAUGAAGGAGUCUCCGAAUCACAAGCUAUCCACACGGACUGGAAAGGAAAAGAUCAGGACACAGAUCAGUUACAGACAGGAACUGGCUCGUCAGUUGAUUGGGGAGACCAGGGUCACCAGGAAGAGGAAGGCACAGCCAACAACAAUGGAUACAACUGGACACCAGCACUGGCCGGAGAUUCUGAACAAAAAGGGAAGAUGUCGACAGUGUUCGAAAUCAGGCAGACGCCGGGAAGUGAUUUCCGGAUGUUCACAUUGCAAUGUGAAACUGUGUGUUGGAUGCUUUAAAGACUACCACCAAUCACUAUUAAAUGAAUUGUAAAUAUGUACAAUCAAGAUUAUUGGUCACAAAUUUGACAGGUUUUUACCAUUAUAAACUAUGUAAUGUCAAUACACUUACAAAUGUUUGUGUUAACAUCAGAUUGUUUGUUAUUGAAAAAUGAUCAGUGACAACUUUUGUACAUAGCUGUUUGAUAAUUUUUAAAUAUUUUGCUUGUUAGAAUGAAUCCUGAUGUUAUGUGUUAGUACAUGUAUAUUUGUCCUAGAGUGAAUUUUGUUGUACUGAUUUGAAUGAAUGAAUGAAUGAAUGAUCUUUAAAAUAUUUUAUAUCUUUAUUUCUGACA